UUGACAUAUAAGAUUCAUAUAAUCGUACAAGAUAUGUAAAUUUUUAUAUAAAAUAUUGUAAUUUCUCUUUAAAUAAUGGACGCAGACACAUUGAAAAAAUUAAUUAAAGUGUUAAAUACAUCAAAUGAUAAAAAUGUAAUACUUAAAGUACUCGUAAAAUUGCGUACUGACUUGGUAAAGAAUAAAAAUGGCAUUAAACAAUUUGCUGCGGCUGGCGGUAUAACUCCCAUAACACGAUUUCUACAUAAACCACAUGAACAGAUACUAGAAACUACACUUAGCAUAUUAGGUAAUUGCUGCACUGAGCCCGAUUGUUGUAAGGAGGCUCUUGGCGCUAAGAUAAUGAAUACACUAAGUGUAAUUUUGAAGACGAUUCCAAAUCCAUUGGUACAGUGUAGAGCUUGUCGCUUGCUAGGUAAUCUAGCCAAAUAUAAUGUUGAUCUACUGAAUUAUGCAGAAUGCGCAGUUGUUGCCAAAUCUUUGUGCCAAAUUCUAGACGAAACAAGCGAUGAGAAUACACGUCUUUAUGCAUUUCGUGCAAUUCGUAUACUACUCACAAAAUCUCAAUUUUUCACAUGUUUGAUGGAAUCAAAUGGUUUAGUGUCUUACUUAAAAAUAUUAGAGAAGAUUUUAUAUAAGGGUGAAUACGUGGAAGAAGCUCCAAUGCCAGUAAACGGUUUGAAAAACAAUCAACAUCGCGAAAACUAUUUUCAAGAAGUUGUACGUAGUUUAGACACAGGUCUAGAAACGUAUGAUAGUGAAUCUUUAACAAAUGCCAACCGUACAUUAACCAUGUAUGAAAUGCCCGAGAAAAGGGAUGUUUUCGAUGAAUUAUUAAAAGGUCUGUUGGCCAUGUCAUUUAAUUUUUAUCAAUGUAAAUUAAAAAUUUGGCAGACAUUGCACCAGCAAAAGUCUACCUUGGCGCCUAUUCAACAGUUAUUUAAAGAGAAAAACUACCGCAGUCAAGCACUGCGAAUCCUUUCGAAUUUCACAAAAAAUAAAAACUCCUACUUUCUUUUAAAUUCAGCUAACAUUAUACCCUCCUUAUGUGCUUUUCUCACCACACCUAAUGUGGAUGAUCCUAUCACAGACAAUGAAAGGCGAUAUUGUCUUAACAUAAUAGGAUUUUUAUCAGGUGAUGCGCUGAAUAGGUUAAAAUUCAGACGAUCUGGUUGUUUGCCUACAUUGUUAGCAAUUUUGAAAGAUACCAAAAUCCAGACAGAAAAAUCAUUGGUGUUAAACAUAUUGAGUUGCUUUGAAUAUGAUAGUGUCAGCUUGGAUUAUAUGUUCAAAAAAGGUUUAGUCAAGCUCUUAGUGAGAGAGCUCGCCGAAUUUUUGAACAAUCUUGAUGAGGUUGAGAAAAAUAAAAAAGAUGAAAAGCAACAAAAAGUUAAAAAACGAAAACUUAAAAUAACAGAUGAUGAGGAUACUAAACAUAAACUUAUAAAGACGCAAGAGGAAGAGUUCUUUAAUUUCGGCUUACCAUGGGACUCUCCACGUUCUUCAAUAGAAAGUCCAUGCAGUUCACGGAGUACUUCACCUUUAAAUUCCUGGCUUUAUAAUCACAGCCAAACUCUUUUAGACGAUGACACCUCAUAUUCACCUGUUUGUAGUGAUGAAGAAGGUGACGAAGAAGAAGCUCCUGAAAACAUUAAUGAAAAUAGUACCGUUGACAAUAACAUUCCAUCAUCCGAUUAUUUAGACAUACUGAAAUUGCUGGACAUUUCCGAAAGCACUGAGACUAUUGAUGAUAAUAUUUUGGACAAAGAAGAGUUCAAUGACGAAGAGAGUCGAGACAUAAUACAGUCUAAGUCAACCCAUCAACAUGAUUUACCACCCAACUGUAUUGAUAUGAUUGGAAAGUUGCUUAUGAAAGCAACGGCUGGAGUGCACAAAUCAGUGGAUCUUGUUGAAUCCGAAACAAUGUUUACGUUACUCAAAGCAGUACGAUUUUAUGGUGGUAAUAAUAAUUUUUCAACAGCUCUGACUAAUAUUAUUUUAGAAACAAGAUUUUUUGUGUGUGUAAUACAAAUCGGAAUUAUACAAGAAAUACAUAAGUUGUUCGAGACUGAAGAGUUACACAAAGAUGCUUUAAGUUUUUUUGAAACACUCACUUGCGUUGGGGAAUCUAAUUAUGGAAAAUCAGAACUUGCACGCUUGCUGAAAUUCGGCGAUCCUAGUUCACAAGCGAAAGCUGCAAUUGCUACCGCCUACGUCAUAAAGAGUAACCGUUUAUUACAAACAUUCCUUAAUGAGGGCAAUGUACUUAAAAUACUGUUUGACAAUAUUCUAACCGAAAAUUCCACAGAACUUGCCAGUGAAGCUGUAAAUGCUUUGACUUUUAUGUGCAUUAACACACUUGAUAUUUCAAGACAAAACGGUACUACGUUGAGUGACUAUGAAAUUUAUAAUGAGAGAACUGAAUCACUUUACGACAAAGAUAUGAUGUUUCAGAUUUCAAAACUUGAGGAUAAUUCUAUUGUGGAAGUACCAUUUAAUAAAAAGUUACUCUGCGAUGCCAGUGACGUAUUUAACUCAAUGUUACAUAGUGAUUUUCGUGAAGGCAAUGAGGGAAAAAUUAGUCUAACAACAGCCACUGUUGGUGGAUUAAAAUACUUUUUAAAUCUUAUCGUUCGCAUAUCUCAACAGCAAAAGUUAACAAUCCCAAGCGCGAACAAAGAUAAGUUCUUGUUAGAAGCUUUUGAAAUGUCUCGCAUAUAUAUUAUACCAACAUUGGAAGCUGAAUUGCUUAAUAUGUUGUUUAGCACCAUGGAUCCGACAAGUUGCUUAAGUCUUUUCGAAUGGUCUAUAAAGAACUAUCAUGUUACACUCAUGGAGGAAACUAUAAAUUAUUAUUUGUGCGCCAAAUUACCACCAGAAAUAAAAGUAAAACUCUUUUGUGACGCAAAUAAUUCAACUUUCAAAAAAGAAUGGAAUAAUAUGAUCAGGGAUACAAUACUAGAUCGAUUCUAAUUAUUAGGUAAUCAAUGAACUAUAGAGUCUUGUGACAUUUGGAUGACUUUAAAGUUUGACAAAGCGAAUGUUACCGCUUAGUAUUCGUUACUAUUUUUUGUAAAUACGAUGCAUUUAUACGGCAUAUAAUUACUAUAAGUAUAGCUUAUAAGUGGCAAUGGGUCUGCUAGACGAAGAAGACUAGAUUUUUCGAGCAAUAUACUGGUGAAGGCAUAAGCGGUGAAUCAGCAUUUCAGAAGUGACACAUUUAAUGCUUUUGUCAAUUACAGUUGAGUUUGAGUUAGGUUAUCAUCCUAUAACUUCUAUAAUGCCUGUAGUUCGUAUUUUUUUCAUCUACCAGAGCGCUUACAAUCUUUCACAUAGAAAUCCUCACUUUUUAAUUGUCGAAUAUUAUAAUUGACAAAUUUAAAUUGUCAUUCUGGAUAUUAUGGUAAUUAAAUACCAAUGCUGACACUAGAUCUAAAGGUCAUUUUCAAGUGCGAUUAGUCCACUAGCGCGAGUGGUAUGCUUUUCUUUAUUUUUUUAAAGAAUAGAAAAUAAAACGAAGGAAGUUAUUACGAAGAACUUCCCGAAGAUUAGUUGGUGCAGUGUGGUACCUGUAGGCAUGCAAUUUGAUUUUAAAUUUUCUCAAAAUGUUGCACUUUUUUAUCCCUAUUCCAUAAAUAUUAUUCGCAUAUAUAUUUCUCAUAUAUACUAUAUCUUUCUAUACAUGCUCACUCUAGCGAAUUUAGUCUCAUUUACUGGAUGUGACAAUACUGGAGAUUUUCGAGCAAAUUAGUUUACAUUAUGAAUUGUAGACGAUCCCUAAUCCUAUAUACAAUUUGCGUACAUAUUAUUAAUGCUACCAUGGAUACAAGCUCGUUACCAAACUGUGUGUUCUAAAAACCAAGAAUAAAAUCUAAAAACACAUAUUUAUUCUCUUUGUCAGGUAUACGUAAAUAAAUUGAAAGUCACUGAAGGUGCAAGUCACAGAUUUAUGUAAUUUGUAUAUAAACGACGGAUUACGCGUGAAGCUAAGAAAAAAAUAACUGGAUCGUAUAAGUAAAUACAUUGGAAGUGUAAAGAAGCUUAUUUUAUUGUUGAUCUACGGACACUCAAUUAUAGGAGUGUCAUUAGAUUUGUUAAUCAUUUGUGAUCUUAGGCAAUUAUAGCGUAACAAAACGAUUGUUUAGUCUUUAAAUGAAACAAUGUCACAUGUUAAAUAUUUAGUAAUUUAGUAAUAGUUAAACUGUAAGAGAAACAGCUUUAGAUAAUAGUGUUUUAUGUUUGAAUAAAAUUCAAUGCAAUUAAACCACUUGUAUCAUUUCAAACUAGAGAAAAUACUAAAUACUUUUUAUAAAGGCUGCUUCAUAUUAGGUACUCUAAAGGCAGGCUUUACAUGGAGCAGCCCUUUGCAAUGAAGCAUUUAUACUGAGUUUUAUGGGACUGUAAACUCGUGAAUUGUUGAAAGUGCUUAGCAUGAACAAGCCUUUAUAAUAAUUUUUUGGAACCUUAAGGGAAAAUUUUGCAAGUUUUAAUUAUUAUAGAUUCUGGUUUGUAGUUUCAAAAGUGAACGUAAAUAAAAUAUACCUGCGAUUACGAGUAUGAUUGAAUUUUUAUUUCUAUAUAGUAUUUGGCUCAUGCAAUCAAGUGUGAAAUACAUCAUUAAAAACUUCUGUAUGCGUUUUUUUACAGUACUGGAUAUUUUUAUUGUAAUUUCCGAAGAUUUGUCAGCAAACAGUUGGCAACACCUUAGCCAUUAUUUCACGGAUGUAUUUGUUUUGAUAAAAAUAUAGGAUUGUCUUCAUAAGUAUGAUUCUUUCAGUAAAUUUACAAAAAAUAGCUAAAUGGUGACAAAUCGUAUCCUCUUAGGGGUCAAUUUGCAUCACCAAUCACAC